AUGUUUGUUGACGAUGACCUUCUGAGAGCAUUAAGUGAGAUUGCCAUUACCCUAGCAGAUGGACGUGGGCCUCUUGGGCAGAUCAGAGAUGAUUACGAUGAGUUGAAGGCUGCGGAAUCAAUCAUUAGCGACCUCGCCAGAUUACGCGCGACCGCCAGAGUUGAAGUUCCCGAGCCUCCUAGCACUACAGAGAUUGUUACUGACCAACCACAGCAAUGUGCAAUCAUAACUGCUGAGAAACCACAUCCUGAGGAAAAGGAUGUUGUUGAAGACCCAGUUGAGAUGAUGCUAAGUAGGGCGAGAGAAGCUUUGACGGCUGACAAGCUGGAGAGGAAGAUCGAUCGGCAUAAAUCAAGUCGUGAAUGCAUUCAAUGGAGUUUCACAGCCCUAGUGAUAUGA